CGCUGCAAUGUGAAUGCAGCCAUUUGUAAACACAAAAAUUGCAACUUGUGCUUGAUAGAAUACCGCGCAAUCAUUUUAUAUACUUGCGGGAAACGCACGAUUGAUCCUUUGCUCUUUACUCAAUAAUUUAACAGCAAUUUUAAUGAUUUCAAAAUAUGUAUGUUUUAUUUUUACCGAUAAUGUUACAGGUUUUAAUUGAAUUCUUGCACGUUCAUCGGAAACAUAAAACUUAUUCUCAUAACAAGAUAUUGCUAUGAAUACGUUACUUGUUAUUGGUAAAGAUUCAGUGGUAUUUAAUGAGUUAAUAAGUUAACAUAGGCAACCUAAUAUACACCGAGAAAUAACUGCGCCGGUAUUGACUAGGCGGCGUCCGGAAGUGAAAAUCAGCCGAGCAUAGCCUAGCCGGCGACCGGGCAAACCGUGCUCCGGCAACCUGAACGAACAAAACAGCUCAAAAAAUAAACAAUCUUUGAUUUCUAUCCGGUAGUAAAGAAACAUAGUUUUGCGAUAACUUGCAAUACCACAAUUUUACUAUGCCUCCAUGUGUAUUUAACGAACAACUAAUUGCACUGGUUGCUGCACGGCCGACAUUAUGGAAUCAAAAACUGGAUUCGUAUAAAAAUCGCGCAGAAACAAAGAAAGCUUGGAAUGAAGUAUUUUCUGAAUUGAAUAACGAGUUCGACAUCAUUGAUGAUGAACAAAAGACCGCAUACGGUAAAGAAGUAAUUAAAAAAUGGAAUAAUAUUCGCGAUGCGUUUAAAAAGAGUCAACGAAAACAUAAAUCUAAAUCAGCAAAGCCUUAUUUAUAUACCCCAAAACUACAAUUUUUAAAAGCACAUAUACGAGACAACAAAAAGACAAAACGCCGGAAAGUAUCAUCAUUGGAUACUAUUAUCUUUCCAUUCAGUGAGGACGAUAAUAACGUUGACGAAGAAGAUAAGGCCACUCUAUUUAGCAAAUACGACGAAGAGGAGGAAUAUACACCAAAAGAGGAAAAAGUUGAUAUUCAAAUGGAGAUAUUACAACCAUCACAAUCAAGCAACACCUCAAUAGAGAGUACUGAUAGACAUUUGUCAUUUUUUAAUGGUAUCAUUCCAUCAUUAUGUACCUUUAAUGAUGAUGAAAUUGUCGAUUUUCAAUUGAUGGUUGUUCAAGCGAUAUCAUACAUUAAAAAGAGACGAAAUAACAAAUGUACGUGCAUAAAUCUUGCCAGCGCCUAUUAAAAUCGACUAUUUUUCAUAUUUGUAUAUUCUGUUAGACAUUAUAAAUGUACAACAUA